UUCAACACAACACUGAAACAAUCAACGGUCGGUAACUUACUGGCCCCAUCCAAACAACAACAACAACAAUACGAUCACAUGUUCACUUUAACCUGAACGUUACUUAUUGAUUAAACGGAGCCAAAGAUCGGGUCUUUUGGUUUCUUCAAUCCACUGGAUCAGAAAGUAACUAGAUAAAUACCGGGGAGCGACAGUAGGACACUAUGGAGGAGGACAGACCGUCGUCCAAUACGAGUCUAAGGGCGGAGGAACUGGUGACAGUGGUUCUGGAGAGAGCCAACAGGGCCGUGAUGAAGGACCUCGGCCACGACGACCAGAUGAAAACCACCCAGAAGGUGGACCACCCGGGUCAGAACAUGGACUGGGUGUCUUGUAGGGACUUCAGCGUGGAGCUCGGCCGGAGACAGAUCAUGGAGUACAUCAGCACAUGGGGGCUGAGUCCCCGCUGGGUCCUCAACCUGGCGUUCCUGGAGACCAUCGAGGAGGAGUACCACAGCCUCCACCGCUACAGGGCGCGGUUGAGCAUCCCGACCCGCCAGUCGCCCGUCCCUAGAGACACCGCCUCGGUCUGCUUCUCCGUGCGGCUUUCGAGGUUGAGGCCUCAGACUGAACGGGUGGAGGUGUGCUACACCUUAGAGUCCAACCAGCUGGUGCACUUGGCGGGGAAGACUGCGUUCAGGGAGAAGUGGCUGGAGGACUUGGUCCACAGCAAAGAGCUACUCAGACGGGCGGUUGACUUCUAGACUUCUAAACCCAAUCAAUCGAUUACCACUUUCACAUGUUAUGAAGAACGACUUUUAUCGUUUCAAGGGUUGUUGUUUAAUCUGAUAUUAAUGUUCAGCAUGCCAAUCGCGUCGUCUUCAUUGGUAAUGUUAGGCGGCGGUAGUCAACAUCUCAUGUUCGUUCCAAGCUGUGUUUUGACUUAUUUACAUGUAUUUGUUACCGGUUCAACGGGUUAAGUGAAGAGCUAUUUAAAUAGAAAAGGACUUGACCCUUACCUUUA